AGCGAAGUGAAAGCUGUCCAUUCAUUCAAACAAAAACCUUGACUAGCGCUGCCGAUGCCUGGGGGCUCUGUAGUGAUUCAGCAGCAUCACGGAGCAGUGGACGGAAGUCAAGGGAAGAAACAAUAGCAUAGGCUACCAAAGGGAAAUUCAGAGGAGAAGAGAAGGAAAGCGGAUAUCUCCUUGCCAAACAACCAAAACACGCGAGAGAUCACUUUUUAAAAACCUCUCCUUGAUCUGAUGAAAAAACUCUGGUUCUACUCAAAAUCCGCCUGAACUUCAAUAACUUCAGCAGAUUUUUGCGGAUCAGUGGAAGGCGCAGUAGUGUUGUGCUUCACGUGCGGCUUUGCACUGCACGGGGCUGGGGUGAGUGCUUGAGCGUGUAAGUGAUAGCUGGGAGAAGAUCAGCCGGAGUGGCCGACCAUUUAGAAGGAUGCUGGAAGGCAAUGCCUGCAGAAAGAGAGGAUGAGAUUUGUCAGAAGGCGCUGGAACUCCUGUCUGACCUGUGCUCCAAAGGGGAAGUGCAGGAUGACAACUGCCUGGAUUUCAUUUAUUACUUCAGAGACCUGGCCAGACCGCGUUACACGGACUCAGGUUAGGUUUCAGCCUCUUAUAACGGAAAGUUUAAAGUAGAGUAGUUGCAUCAUAGGCAUACCUACGAACAUUUACGAACCUGUACCUUUGUUUUCUUCUGAAUUACACAUUUAACAGUGAGAAGGAAUCACAUUGUACUGUCAGUUUUAAGAUAAAGUAAAACAAAAUUACAUUAAUAUUAAAUUCCAGCAUAUAAAUAUUGUUUUUAACAUCCAAAACUAAAAUUAAAGAUAUUUAUGGAAGGUUCAUAGAAUAACGUGAAAAUCCACUGAAAAAGCACCAGCACUAAAUACCUUCCACUCAUUAUUAUGUAGAUACAGAAAAAGGGUUUUCACCCUUCUGUUUAUUGAUAAUAAAAGAAGCUUUCCUUUCUGUAAAAGUGAUAUACAUAAACACAACGGUGUGUUCUCUGUGUAGAUAGGAGAAAAGUGAUUUAUAAACUUGUUGCUUUUACCCAAUAGAUUACAUAUUUGUAUUUUUUUUUUCACUGCUACAUAUCCAUAUUCCUUCUGGAUAUGUUGACUGAUUUUUUUUUUUUUUUCUUUUUUUGUACUAAGGUUGGCGGCAGAGAGAGAAAAUGCCCCACCCGUUUUCCCCCAUAGAUCACAGCACUUUGUAAACAUGGACCCAGCACAGCAAAGAGGAUCAGUGAUCCACUCCCUGUCUAGAGUUGUUGAGUGCAAUUUUAUCAAUACUGGCUUUUGAAACACAUCUGAGUCUGAAAACAUUUGAUCACAGUUUAGACUCUAAAGUGGCAGCCCUCUGUAAGUUGAAAAAUUUUAAACAUUUUUGACAGCAUCAGAGAUAUUUUGCCGCUAGAAUUCAAAGAGAAAAGGAACAAUUCUUCUCGGGCAGGAGAUGAUGGGGUAUAAUCCACAAUCACUCCCCUACUGUCAUAAAAUGUUUAAUACAGUGAAUUCAUGUGCAUGUCUAUUUGAGUUGUAGGGCUACAUGGAUACAUAUCAGACCGUGGAAGCAAGAGGAUAAUAUUUCCAUUGCUAUUAUAUAGCGAGCAUCAUAUCCUUUCUGUGUGUAUGUGUGAGUUUGUGUCUGUGAGUGUGUAAAUGUACACGUAUGUUGGUUUUUGUUCAUAGAAGCUGAGGCUUGGCUGCUGCCUUUAAACAUGUAACAAUCCAUUAUUAAACAUGUAUGAUGAAGAGGAAGUUCAAGCUACCAGAGUGGUUCCCCUGAGGAGCUAUGACCCACUUCCUCAGACUGCUCUAAAUGCACACACACACGCGCGCGCACGCACACACACACAUGCAGGAAUGCACACGCUCAAUCUGAUCCACAACAACUAUCUAUCUCUCUAAGUCAGGAAGGCAGAGACUUGAGCCAGGCUAUUAUCUAUCAAGGUUUGAGGGUUCAACUUUAGCUAAAGUUCAAAAAGGUCCAGCCAAGACCUCUUUACAGAUGAUUUUUCAUGAGAGCAGAAGGAAUUGAAAAAAUGAUGAUGCAGGAUGGCACAAGAUUCUUACAUGUUUAUUUUGGUCCAUGUGUGCAGGACAGCUCUUGAUCAUUUGCAGUUUCAGCUGGCACAGAUUCAUUUUGCAUCAAGAGUGCAGUUGAGCCCUUUUUAUGUCCUACAAACUCUGAGAGGCGUGAAAGUUACUGACAAACAGCAUUUGUUUCCUUUUAAUCUAAAUACACAGAUGCAAGGCCAAGGGGCUUGCUCCAGUUGAGAAAUGAAUGACUGAAUAAAUGUAUGAAAUUUGGCAUACUGUUGCUGUGUUUAAUCUUUGAAGUCUGUUUAAAAAACGGAUCACAUGCUCUGUGAUUAAGAGGCUACUUUAAUGUUUCUAGUGUGGUUUGAUCUCAACCACCGGAAGAUGCCCCUAAUGUGGAUGGUGGUGCUAGCAUCUUUGUUACCAUCAUUAAAAUGAGGUCAAACAAAGCUGAGAGUAACAAGGUUAGUGUCUACAUAGCUUUGUCAUGAUUCUGUGUAUGGAAUAAAGAGUGGUACCUCAGCUUCAGAAAUAUGAGUAGCAUAGAAGAAUGUCAUAAACCACUUUCAUGAACUCUUGCUGCAGCUGCUGCCAUGUCAGAGGGGAAUCAGGUUUCCUCAAAGACUCUAAAAAGUAUACUUUGUAGGUAGUCAUAUCAGCCAAUCAGGUGGAUGUACAAGAAAUCAAGCCUUGCCAUCUGAUUUUUAUUUCGAUCUUUUUAUUAUGUUAUCAUUCUUUUAGUGUGUGUAGGAAAAUGUUUGCCAGACAAAUGUGAGAUGUAUAGCAGAGACCCAGAAGUUGACCUUUGGUCACCGAGUUGAGAACUUUAAAAAAUGGGUUGUGCACUUUAACAGCUCAGGUGAACAUGGGACUGUGAAUGUUUUUUUCAGACUGACAAUAAAGGUUUGUUACAUGUGUCAAAUAAUCUGUUGAUAAGGAGAUAAUACUGUUUCAGAAAAUGUAUGAUUAUUACUUUAUGGAAAUGCGAAGGCAGAAGAACUACCAUGUCUGCAGUGCAGAAUGAUCAUUAUGAUUAUUCCUUCAGAGAAUUGAUCCGCUGCACUCUGUGAUCGACUCAUCAGGGUUCCCGUGCGUGGGAGAGGUAGAUCGCUGUGUAUUGCUAUCGUGCGGUCGUUGCUGAAGUUGGGAUAACUAGAGAAGCAAGCAGUUGGCAACGUUCAUCUCUACAGUGUGUUUGACCAUAACUCAAAUUUACACCAGAAUAUCCCCUUAACCUGGCACUUUGGAACAGUGGUAAGGAAGGAGAACAAAACCUAGCCAGUUUACAAGCCAAGUAGAAGAGAAAGACAGGAGAAGGAUCAAAACCUUGAACAAGCAGUGUAAAAAUGUAUAACAUCAGUGCAGUUUAGUGUUGUCGGUGCUCAGUAGACCACCCUUGAUGUCAGCUCAGAAAGUCAGAAUGACUUUGUCACGGCACAAUGCCCAGGAGCGUAAAUAACCCCUUUAAAGUGGCAGUGUGUAAACUCCUCAUGUAACUGAUGUUGAUACCAACAUGAAAUCUAUCUAUUGUUUAACGUUUAACUAUAGUCAGUUUUUGUAAAAUUUCAUUAAAUAAAAGCAAUUAUGAAGCAUACAGAGAAUUAAUAGCAGACUUAAAGGUCACAACUGGGACACGGACAUGCAGCAGGACAACCUUAACAACCUUGCCAACAGUAUGUUGUGAGCAUUUCUCUGAAAUUUACCCUAAAGCCUUAGAAAAAAAUGGCAACACCUCUCAUAAUGUUGAGGGCCAAAGCCAAAACAACACAACUUUUCAGUCCACCUCACCUUCUUGUCAUCAGAUUUGUAGCCAAGAGCACCUGCAGACGUUUUGUGGCCAUAAACUGUGUCUCGAAAUACAGUCAGUGAAGCAAGAGCUCUCUCAGCUUCAUGAGAGGGCCGUGCUCACACAUACUGUCAAAGAAUAGUGAUAUGAGUAGUUAUCAGGUAAGGUAAUAAGGAAAGAAUGUACAACAUAAACACAGUCCAUUUCUCUUUCUUAUUGAACAAUUUAACCUUAGACCAAGUUUUUUACCUCCCAAGUCAAAGCUUUGUACAGCUGUGAAUAGGGUCCAGCUGUGUGUUCAGUUUACUUAUCUAGUACUUGUAAACAAAAAUAGUUCAUACUAACUAAAAGCGCCGAAUUGUUUCAGUAAAGUAAACACCAAUGUCGUUUCCUGAAAAUAUCAAGUGCAAUCAACUUCACACUGAGUGUGGUCAAAUUGCAAUUGAUUACGAUAAUUAAAGUCUCCUAAUUUUUUAGAGCUUUAAGUGUUUUAUGUUAACUCAACUCUUGUGAAGAAACAUGAGUGUUCUUGAAACUGUGAAGUCGAGGAGACUAAUAUGGGUCCUCUCAUGUGAACAAAUGAGAAAGUUCAAAAGCUUAAAGCCCCUUAUUCUUGAGUAGAGAUUGAUUAAAUACUCAGGGAAAUAGGUGAGAGUUUAUUGCUCCCCUAGUUGCAAUUUUGAGGCACUGUUGCCAGGCAACAACACAUUUGGUAUUUGGUAUUUGGUUAAACUACUUCUUGAGCAGGUAAUAUUCUUGAAUUAGCUCAAUUAUGUUAGUAGCUCUAGUCUCCCCUGCUCUGCUCUAAUUCUAAGAUGCCAUCACUGCAUACAUUUACCCACAUGUGUCAAAGCUCAGCUAUCUCCCCUUUUUCUCUUCACGCUGUUAAAGAUCCUAUGCCUCAGGUAAAAUGUACUCUCUUGCCCUUCUACCUUAUUACUACUGUUUGUUUGGCUCACUGCAGACUUAGUUUAGCAGUUUAUAUUUACAGAUUCAUCUUUCAAGCCUUUCCACCUUUGGUAUCAAUGUUUUAAUCCAUUUGCGAGUCUAAAUCUGUCUUGUAACCUUUUGUACAUGGACAGGACCGGGUGUCAUGUAUCCAUCGAGGCCCUAAAUGAUGAGAGGCACAUCCUGCCCUGCUGUGUAUCCUCAUCCAUCACUUCUUUUGAGGCUCCAAUUGUUUUAAUUACUAUCUGUGAACAAACCAGCAUUCAUCAAUGCUGAAGUAGCUACACCUGCUCCUGACCCUGCUUGAGCAUAACAAACUGAAAACAGGGCGUCUUGUACAUUUUAAGUUGGCAAGUGAUAAAUACUUUGAGUUCAUUAAGGUGUUACAUUUUGAGUAGAUACUAUUGAUGUAAAACAUUUUGUACAGUUAAUUUUUCAAGUCCAUGUAAUUAAGUUUUUAAAAUUAUCAUUCAAUCAAAUCAUUUAAGUAUGAAGAAGACAUAAAUAUUAAGUUAAGGGAAUUUAAAAAAAGAAAAAGAUUGAACUUAGAAUAAAGAUUAAGUCAACUGAACACAUGUUUCUAAAGUAUAGUGUAACUCAAAAAAUGUAUCAGCAUAACUUAAAAGUUCUUAUGUAAUCGGUUACGACGAAAAUUUUUGAGUUUCUCAACUUGUUCAGGUUUACAGAGUUUAUGUCAGUGAAGAAAACACAGAAAUAUUGCCUUUUUGCAUUUUUUUUUUUUUUUGGCCAUUCUUGACUUUAUUAGAUAGGACAGAGUGAAAUGUGGCAGAUAGGGAGAGAGAGGGGGAUGACAUGCAGCACAUGAUCCAGGCCAGACUUGAACCUGCGACCUGUGUGGGGACAGUGGGGUACGCUAUUCCACUUGGCUAACUGCACACCCCUAAAGUAAACCUUUUCAUGAUCAGAAUUUACUACUUUAAUUCAUAUUGUGAUCUGUUAUGAUCACAGUAGGCAGAUACCUUUGAAAUACUUCAUUUAAAUAUGAUUUUAAAAAAUCAAUUCAAAACAUUUAGCAAAAUUAUUUUGCAGUAAGCAGAUUUAAGUAUCAAUUAAGGUUAAAAAUGUUAAAUUGGUUGUUUCUUUUGAGUUCAGUGAUAAUCGUAGUAUUGAUUACUCAGUGCUGGGACUGUGGCCUGAUGUGGCACUCAACAGUGACACUGCACAAUGGCGCAGGUGACACUUGCUCGGCACAGUGAGAGACGGCUGGUUUAUCAGUAAGAUCUCCUUGAAGAACACCUCCUUGACAAGACAAGUCUGGGAGAGGUUGGUGUGUUUUGUCGUUUAUAGUGACAUUUAUCAGUGGCUGGCCACAUGUGACUUGAGUGUGUUUCUGGAUAAAGAGGGCAUGCUAUUGGCUGGCCUGCCUGUUCCCCAGACCUGAAUCCAUUGAAGCACCUCUGAGACAUCAUGGGUAAAUCUAAAAAAUCCAAAAUUGAUCUCCCAAGUCCUUUUGUUAGAAAAGGAGGAGUUAGAAAAGACAACCACAGUGUUUGAGAAUCUGACUGCUCGUACACUUGGUGGAUGCUACCAAUGUCACGUGAAUCUGCUGUAGAAAACUACAGCUUUCUGCAGAUGGACUACAAAAGCACUGUGCACUCCAACUGUGUUGAUUCACACAGGCACAUUUAGAGACAAUUUAAUGAUAAAUGUGGCACCAACAGGUUUGCACAGGUAAUGUGGCAGAAUCUCUGCUGAGAUUCAGACAGCUGUCAGCAGCUGAGACAGUCAAAAGAUCUGAGAAAACAUCAGUAAAUUUUUAUGUCUCGGGAUCAAUUACUUAAUUUGCUGUAUUAAUAUAAUGAAACUAGUUCUUGUUCUGUUGAAUAAAUUACAUUUUACCCCACAACCUCUAAAUACUGUAGACAGUUUUCUUAUUUUAACUCCUAUCUUCUCAUGUGUAUACUUAAAUCACCACUGGUGCUGUCUAUCAGCUCAUAAAUAAUGUGUGAAGCACACUAAGCUGCAAAUAAAAAUAGUACACUACUACAUACAUUUAACUAAUUAAUUAGAUAACGAAAGGCCAUGGAUGGGGUUGUGUCAUUAACAUCAUUAAAACAGCAGAUAUCACACUUUAUCUUAACAGUGGUUCAACUUGACUGCUCUAAUUUCAUGAAUAGAUAAAUGGGUUGGUUGGCAGCUGUGAUUUAACAACAACAGGACAGAAGUGACCAUAGGUUAAGUAAAAUGUCAAGUUGAUAAUGGCUCAGUUUUCUCUUCUUUUAUAUUCAUCCACCUGAAUUAUAAGUUUGAUUAAUUUUACAAAGUUCUUUAAAUCAGUGAUGAGGUUUCAGAUCAGCUACUGUCAUGCUGAUUAUUUUUUGACAUGCAGGCUAAAGAGGUAUGACUUAAGAUUCAGUAAAAACCAAGAAUUAUGAAUCAUUUAUCUUCUCUCCUUUCGUAAAAGAUGGUCUAGUGUAAGCAAUGAAGCUCCUUGUAUCAUUUGAAGAAUUUGAUCAGUUCUUACUAUGGCUGGCACUGACAGAUUUCUGUGUCCUUUCACUCAGUUAAAAAACAUCCUAACUAAAAAGGACUAGGUCCCCAUGUGUCCUUGCAUUCACCACCACCACAUGGCACAUAGGACUACAGGCGCAAAUAAGCAAUUGUUGCUAUAACCUGGCUCAAAGCAUCUCUUCUUGUCUUACAAGAUUAAUGCUUUUUUGUGCAUUGUCCCUGUUUUAAAUAUAUCAAUUCAAUUCACCAUGGACUGUUCAGGAGCUGGUCCAAGUCUGGGAGGAGUUACCCCAAACCACUAACCCAAAUGUUGUAGGAGUGCACACAGGUGCAGAGAGGCCAUACACAAUCCUGAGCCACGUCAUGGGUUGUCUUGAGGAAAUCAACAGAAGUUGGAUCAACCUGAGAUUCAAUUUCCCCACUUUGAUUUUGGGUUUGAUUCAGCCCUCAAUGGGCUCAUGAUUUUUUAGUGAGCAUUUCAUUGAUCAAGGUCUGGGAUGUUGUGAUGUAAGUGCUCCCUUUAUUUAUUUAUUUUUUAGCCGUCUGCAUGCACACACAGCAUGCUAAAUCUAGCAUUUUUUCAUCAAGGUAACAAGAUAUUAUUAUGACUGCAAACAUUAAGAAGAGGUCAGAGCUAAAUUUAAAGCAAAAUUGCAUCUAUUGUAGAUCAAGUAAAGCCUGAUUAUAACUCAUUACCUUCUUAAAUCUAUCCUCCCUACUAACACAGACCAGCCUGCCCACUUCUUACUGUCUCCUGCGCUGUCCUCUUUCCAAUAUUCUUCUCGACUUUUCUACAAGUCACCUAAAACAUGCUGUUUUAUUUCAUUAUUAUGUCAUCAUCCAGCCGUAAGCUGGUGGAUGGGUAAACAUGCAGGCUUGCGGUCAGUCUGAAGAGAGUUGAUAUUGAAAAAGAUGGAAUGAAAUAACAACAAUUCAACUCAAAUAGGCACCAAACAAUCAAAUUACAAAGACAAAUCACUGAAAUCACCAAAGAGGGCUUGAAGCAUUAUGCUGCUGCUGUACCAAUCUUGGGAUAACAGAGCCAGAGUCAGAAACUGGCAGGUGUGCAGCAGACUGGAGUAGAGUUAAAUGUAGUUGUUAUGAAAGAAAAGGGAGGUAGUGACCACUUUAAUGGCAGACACUAAAUUGUUUAUGAAAGUGGUUAAAAGCAAAGUCAAGUGAAUCCAGUUUAACAUGCAAUGUGAUCUCUUUAGGUUGUAGUCAACAUCUGCAUGCAAGGAGCUUUAUUCUGAAGUCAUUAAGUUUUCAGAUCUUAGUUCCUACAAGAGCCCUUUUUUUUAGAUUAAUCCUAACUCUUUCCCUCAUCCUGCUGAAGAGCUUGCAAAAUGUAAGUCAUUAGAAAUUAUUGUCAAUGAUUGUCCACUUGCCCAAACAGACCAAAAGAAUAAAAGUAAAUACCCAGCUUUAAUAUAAGUCUGUUACAUUUUUACAAAGGUGCAGUGCGUAGUAUGAAGUGGCAUUAAACAGAACAGACUCAGUAGAAAUGGUCAUAUUUCUAAGUCCAGAUGAAUUUAUGUAGAAUCACCAAAAUAUGCUGAUUUUUUUUUGCAAUUUUAUUUUAUUUUUUUGCAGUUACAAAAAUAAAACUUUAAAAGCCUGUUUAAGAGGAGAGGGAACUUGACAGUUUGAUCUCUUUGGGCAGUAUGUACAAGAGAGAAGGGACCCUGACCAAAAAAGCACAGUCCCCCUUGAUCCUCAGCCUGGACUCUUGAACAGUCAGUAGACCCUUAGCUGAGGACCUCAGGGUACGAGUGCGUUUAUAAGUCUGCUUAGAUUAAAAGAAUCAACAAUAUUAAAAAAACUCCCAAAACAAAUGGUUGUAUUAAAAUCACAGUCAAAAUCUUGUAAUCAUUACAAUAAAGAGUCGAUCUCAGAAUUGAUCCAGAAAUCCAGUAACAGAUUUAGGAGGUCUAUAAAUCUAAAUACAUAAAUAAGUGGCAAAUGAUUGUACAGUUGAAUGGCUGAGUGGGUUAGCACGCCCCACAUAUGGGCAUCACAGUCCCCGCAGUGGUCACGGGUUCAAGUCCAGCCCCGACCAUGUGCUGCAAGUCCUCCCCUAUGUCUUUCUAGCUCCCCAUAUUUCCAGUCUGUCCCAUCGAUAAAGGCAAAAUAUCGCCUCGCCGCGGCGCCAGUGUGAAGUGUGGUGCUAGGCAGUGUAGUGGGGGUCUUGUCAAUGGAGGAACCUGCAAUGGGGACCAGAUAAGCGACUGGGAUUCAGAUGCCAAGGGAGGGAAGUCUUUAAGGUCAAAGAAACUGUACUUAUUCCCCAACUGGGUAUAGUAUUUAGGAGGGUAAUAACAAAAGAGUAGCCCUUCCCCACACGCACACACAUACACAUACAUGAGAACCUAUCAGAGAGCAGGAUUCUUGAAGGUCUGGAUGGCGGGGAGACUGUUGCCUUUACUUCACCAACUCAGUAAGACAUUUUUGUACUUGGCCACAUGAAAUGCACCAACUAGAGGACAAAGAAGAAGAAGGAAGAGAUUGUUGUGCACAAAACAUUUUACUGGUAGACAUAUUUAAUCAGAAAAAAAAGACUAUGGAAACAGACAUGGCACACUGGUAGUAUGACAACCUCCAACCACUAUCUCAUGGUUGGAGGUUCAAUCCCAGGCUCUGCUGUCCACAUGCGAAGCGUCCUUGGUUGAGAUACUUGAUCCCAAACUACCCUUAGUGGCUUUUCCAGAAGUGUGUGACAAGGAUUUGUAAAUACUAAUGGGUGUUUUACAUAACAGCCUCUGCAAUCAGUGCAUGAAAGUGGUGUGGAUGUGACAAGUGACAUAAAAGUGUUCAGAGUGGUUAGAAGGCUGGAAAAUGUGCUUUAUUAAUACAGUCCAUUACCAUUGUAGUCCAUUACCGUUUACAUCAUGCCUCACCGGAAUUUGUUGCCCUUGAAACUGCAACUUCACAAAGAGGAGGAAUGAGCAGGGGACUGUUUCAAUCUGGAAUCUGAUAGCUAAAUAUGGCAAAAUAUCCUCAUUGCCACAUAUUUUACUUGAGUGAGUAUGAGCCUGGUUACUGAAUGUAGAACCUUAAUUGGCACCCAAUCACUUUUGCUGUAUUCAGUCCUUUUAAAUUUUUAUAGCCAUCUGUAAAGAAUGUCAUUCACAACAACCCUCUACAUUGCUCUCUCAGGCCCAAGAUAGUUACAACUCACACAAUCAUAGGAACUGAUUUCCCUCCCUCUGUAAGAGCUACUGCCUCUGAGAAUUGCUUAUGAGUCCCAAACACCACUUCCGCAUCCUUCCUAGCAGCCCAGUUUUAUGGAGCAUAGCUGUGAGGGCCUGUACUUGUUAGAAAGUGCUGUUCUGACAAGAGCUGUUUGCUGCUUAAGUAGACUUAUUAGAAUCUAAAAUAGCCUCAAACAUGUCUUUGAGCUGUGAGCUGCUGUGAAACAGAGUUGAGAAGUGUGGUGUUUUGGCUAUGAUGCAGGAGGUGGCUGUAACAUUCGACAUGUCGAUGUUCACAACCAGCUGCAGGGAGUUAGCAAGGCAGGAAAGAAGUUCAGCUGCCUGGCAGCUCUGUGUCCUCCACUAAAUGAAUGUCCUCAAAAAUGUGCUAACCAUCAAGAUAUUCCUCCACACUCUUACACUCAUCAGACUGCCAUUGUGGCAGAACCAUGCAUUUUUUUUAUUGGCAGUAUAGUCUGUGAUGAUAUGACGUAACUUCUGGCGGUGCCUUGACUUUCUUUACCAUCAUGGGUGUGAAUUUCUCAGACACUGUUAUUCUAAAUUAGGAUUGGGAGAAAAAAUCCAUACAGCAUAGUAUGGCGAUAUUUUGUCUGGUUAUAUAUUUAAUAUCAAUACUUGGUCUCAUUUACCAAGUAUUUACCAAGUAGUAUUAAUUGCUAAUAUGAACUCAAUAAAGGAAAAAUAAAAUCAACUGUUUGUCCAGUGAGAUUGGCAGAGGUGGCACCAUGGAGCAGGAGAAAGAUAGUACAACAAAUAAAUAUAGGUUUGCAAUAUGUGCUACAUGAAAAUAAAAUACAAUGUAAAUAAGACAAACAUAAAGGAAAGACAAAUGCUGAAUUAGCUAAACAGUUGAAAAAAUUGUAUCAAUCGCAAUAUAUUGUAUCGCAAUACUCGCUGUAUUGCAGAAUGUUAAAAAUCGCAAUAAUAUAUUGUGGCCCAAGUAUCGCGAUAUAAUCGUAUCGUGGGGCCACAAGAGAUUCCCACCCCUACUCUAAAUCGGCGUACACUCUUUCUCCACAAAGGCUUUUUGUUUUUAAGUUUUUUAAAUUGCUUGGUUUCACUUAACUUGUUGCACGUUUAACCUUAGCUUUGGUUUCUGGAUACUUUGGGACACUUGAUCACUUGGCAUACCCAGUGGUGUGUGAAUGGGGUUAGUUGAAAAAACAAACAGCCUUUAUAAAUAUCAACCUCUACCAUUAGUGUCUGAGUGAGUGUAACAUGUAUCUCAAAAGUUCUUUGCGCAAAAGAGCUAUCUAAACAUAGACGUUCUCAUAAUUUUGUUAUUUUUCAUCCAUGAUAAUAACCUUGCACCACAAUGCUUGGUCUGACCCCUUGUGUCCCAACUAAAUGUAGCCUACUGUUUGGCUGUUGGAUAAAUAAUAACUGCCUGUUAAAACUCUCCUCAAACAAUGAAAAGACUUUCUGUACCCUCGCAUGGGAAGUGCAGCCUGUAGGACACUGUCACAGUUAUACAGCCCUGGCCGGGACAUUUCCUAGUUCUCCCAGUUUGUCUCUCCAGGUUAGAUGAAGAUACAAAAAGAAAGGGUAGAGAAUAUUUCUCUCUACCAGUUUCAUCAGGUGCACCAGCUUUAAUGUAAUCUAAGUCUGUGCCUACAGUAACUGUAACUGUUUCCCUCUUAUACAGCAUUUGACAUAAAAUGGGCUGCUUCCCAAGGGAACCAGGUGUGUACGUGCCACAGUUUGUCAUUAAAUCUAUGUUCACCAAAGACUUCCUUGCUAUUCCCCCAUCUUUAGAUGUGUCCGUCAGCCUGCUGUCACUGCUUGUGACCACCUGUGGUCUGGCACUCUUCAGUGUCUCACUCUUUGUAUCAUGGAAAUUGUGCUGGGUACCACUGAGUGGCCGCUUCCUCCCAGAUGUCCACAAGGGGGCUCACUUCCUGGGGGGAGACCAACUGCCAGUCCUUAUAGAGGUGAGGAGGAAGAGCUUGUUGUUCAGAUAACUUACACAACAGAAAAACAUUGGCAAUUUAGAGUUGUAGGCCAACUUAUAUGAUAUGAUACGAUAUGAUAUGAGAUCAUAUAUUAUAUUAUAUUAUAUUAUAUUUUUUGUUUGGGAAAGUCACUGUUCUUUGGCCAGUGUUUCAGUGCUCUACAUGACAGAAUAUGCAUGCAGUGUGUGUGGUGCAUGCUUUAUAUCAGUUUAUGUGGGGAUUUUGAUUUAGAAUUGACGUUUGUUCACCUAACCAGAAGUGUUGUAUUGGUACACAUUUGCACUGAGGUUGAGGUGCUGUGCUGAAACAGUUUGGUACAAAUACCUGUGUCAUUACCCCUCUGGAAUAAAGGAGAAUAAACAAAUAAUUCCCACUUUACUGAGUAAAAAAGAUGCUGUCUAAAGAGUUAUUGUAUGGGCAGGACUAUUACUUGAUAUCAUUGUUAUUAUAUCUACACUUUUAGAGGGGGGAGAACUAGACAACAGUCCUUUUGAAGCCAUUAAAUGUUUCCUGCAAAUUCCAUGUCAUGAAAUUUAAAAGUGAUUGCAGCUUGUCCAAAACAAUUGUAACCAUUUUUUCUUUCUGUAGGGAUUUCCAUAAUUUGUGGAGUCAAAAUAGGAAAAAAAAUUGUCCACAAAUUUCAAUGAUUAUUGUUUCUCAAUGCUAAUGUCAGACGCGGUAGUUCUUCUGCCUUAGCGUCUUGACCUGCGAAACUCCGCUGCACUCAGUGAUCAACUCGUCAAGCUCUUCUCACUCCUUCCGUUUCUAUCAAAAAUACUGGAGCGCACAGUCUUUAACCAGCUCUCAGAACACUUACAGAACCAUGAUCUACUUUGUCUGCAGUGCAAAAUGAUUAUUAUGAUGAUUAUUACUUCAUGGUAAUGAUCUGCCGCACUCGGUGAUCGACCCAUCAGGGCUCCCCCACAAACAAGCGGCUGCUGGAGGAGAGUGGGUGAGUUGUGUUUAGUCUCUUUGCUAAAGAAAUCAGGCAAAGCUAAAAAGAUGUUUGAUGGCUAGUACUAUGGCUGGGACCCUAUAUGUACUGUUGAUGAAGUUAGGAGCUGUUCUGAGCAUUAUUUGUGGCUAUAGAGUGGCUUUUUGGUUGAGGUUUGCGCAUGGAGACAUAAACCGCUGUGUAUUGCUACUUACUUAAGUUGGUAUAACUAGAGAAGCAAGCUGUUGGCAACAUUCAUCUCUGGAGAGGGUGUCUAACUCAGUGUUACGGUGUGUUUGACCAUAACUUAAAUAAAUAUUCAGAUUCAGAUAAAACAAUAAUUCAGGUUGAAAGGAAAACUUUUCCUCACCAAGAAUGAAGUGGUCUUAUACAGUUAUUUAGUGACUGAUCCAUCACAAACUCUCUCAGCAGCUUUCAGAAAAACACUGCUGUCGAAUCGGAUUUAUUAAAGAAAAAAGUCGCUUUAAUAACAGGAAAAAAGUAUCUGGUGUGCAUGCUAUUCUGGUCACAGGGCAGCAAUACUGAUAAUGGCCUUCUGUAAACAAGUAAUAUCAUUAAAAAAUAAAGUAGCUCAUUUGUGUUUUCACUUUCUGCAGCAGUACCUCUAUUUCAGAAGAACUUCAUUAUCAUUUUAUUUGGAGUCCAAUGUGGAAUUGCUUUAGACUAAUUUGCAAAUAAUACCCAAUGUCCCCCUACUUCUCCUUUUAGUCUUAGGGGAUUUUUGUGUGCACACUGCACUCUUGUGCCCUCACAUGGACACUAAAGAGGCACACAUCUGUGCUGAUUGGGAACAUCAGCUUUAAGAAAACAUUGCAUAUUAAAAUGUAUUUAAAAUAAAUGUAUGUCUAAAUUCUUAUUUAUUGCAGGCACAACUCCAUCCGUCGCCAGAUGAAUUUGUCCAAUCCAGACUUCAACCCUGCUCAGUUCCAGCGGCAGGACUCUCUGUCUGGUUUGGGCCGAAUAAAACCUGAACUUUACAAACAGCGCUCUGUUGAUGCUGAAGAUGGUCGUCAUGCUGACAGCUGUGGGCGUUUGCACUUUGUUCUGAAGUUUGACUUUGACCUGGAGCAGCUGAUAGUUAAAAUCUAUAAGGCCCAGGAUCUCCCUGCCAAGGACUUCACAGGAACCUCAGAUCCUUAUGUUAAGAUCUAUCUGCUGCCUGACCGUAAAAACAAGCACCAGACCAAGGUGCAUCGCAAAACACUCAACCCAGUGUUUGAUGAAGUGUUCCUCUUUCCUGUAGCAUAUGCUGAGCUUUCAAGCCGCAAACUGCAUUUCAGCGUCUAUGACUUUGACAGAUUCUCUCGCCAUGAUUUGAUCGGCCAAGUGGUGGUGGACAACUUCCUGGACCUUGCAGACUUUCCCAGAGAAACAAAACUAUGUCGGGACAUACAGUAUGUAACCUCGGUGAGUACAUGAAUUUGACUUUUCCCUUUUUUUUAGUUCCUCUCCGCCUUCCCAUCCCAUUUAGCAUUUUCAAACUUUCCCAGUCCUUUGUAAAUUCCAGGUACUUUUGGGGGUACUUAAAAGUAGCUCCUUUUGAUAACUGACUUUUUAUGAAAGUUACUUUGUUCUUUUUUUUAAAAUCUGUACAAACAAUUAGAUGCACUAAAAAAAAAACUGUUGCAACUGAAAAAAAGACAUGCCAAGUAAAACUCAUUUGAGGUUUUCACAAGGCAGAGACACAGAAAUAUACUUAGACACAGUUAAUGUUUAAUGAAAGCAGCAGGAGACACUGGGGGGUAGUGACCCAGAUCUACACUGACAUUAGACUGGGAUUGGUUUGACAGAGAUACAGCGACACCAUCUGUAUCACAUUAUUCACUUGGAUGAAUCUGCUGUGUUGGUACAUUGAGUUACUUAGUCAGGAAGUUAGGUCACCCAGUUUGGGAAUUUAGAAGAAGACAACAGUCUGGUAGGGCUCAGUCUAAGGUAGAAAACAUUUUUUUCCAUAUAUAUAUAUUUUUUUUUCAACAGAGUCACAUGACAUUACGAACAUGAUCAUAUAUGGUUAGUCUACUGAGUAAAAGUUUUAAUAUCAUGGACUCAGUUUUAGGGUGUUAUAUGAAAGAUGUCACUUUUGAACACAAGCAGGCCAGAAACACAUUGAAAAAGAAGUUUAGGGCAGCGAAAAGGAGCAACAUCUAAAAGCUGAAAAAAAAAAUGCUUUUCAGCCAACAACUCUGCAUCAGAGUGGAAAGGCCUGCAGGACACCACCAAUUACAGGAGACCAUUCCCCCACCCUGUAGCUGACAAUGGGCUUUGACUGAAGGUUUUUAAAGCCAUUACCAGACCCGUUCACUAAACCAUUACAGUUCAACUUUACAUGCACUGCCUGCCACCCAGGUGUCCUCCUCCUGCCUGAGAGUCUGUGCUGACUAGCUGGCCCCCAUCUUCACUCAGAUCUUUCACAGAUCUCUGGAGCUAUUUGCAUUCCUCUUCUGCUUCAAACACUCCAUUAUAAUCCCAGUCCCCAAGAAAUCCUUCAUCACAGAGUUAAAUGACUAUAGGCCCAUCACCCUAAUGGGUUAAAGAGAUGGCAGCAAAAUCAAAGCAUUUUAGAUGGAGGCUGAAAUAAUGAUAUCUUAAUACACCAGAGUGAGAAACUCAAACCAUGUAAAGCUAUUAUAGAGGUAUCAGAAAGGAAGUAUAGAGUCUGGAAAAAAAGCACAAUACCCCCUCUCUAGGUUUGUGGACAACAGCACAGUCAUAGGUCAGUUGAGUCUGCAUACAGAUGGGAAGUGGAUCAGCUGGUCCUUAAGAACCACCUGGAGCUGAACCCACUCAAGACUCCAGAGGUGACACUGGACUUUAGGAGGAGCUCUUCCGCACCUGCCCCAGAAGAUGGUGUCAAUUGUGGACCACUGCAUUCCUGGGAUCCAGGACUUCUGUCCCUGAGCAGGCCAGCCCUGUCUUUUCCCUGCUGGUGAUUACUACCCCUGCGAAAGGCUUCUAGCUUGGAUCUUAGAACCCCUGGCACCAAGAUUGGGACUUCAGGCUUUGACCUUAGCUGUACCAAAGAAGCUUGUGUUUGCCUUGGGCCCGUAGGAUGCCUAGACAGGCCUUCAGCAGUCCCAAACUUAAAGGACUCUAUUUUCGUGCUUUGCCGGAGACGUGGCGCAGGCGCGGUAUAAGUCAGGUCCGCCGCGCCGACAAGGCGUUCUCAAGCGCAAUUUGGCUUAAUUGUAAAUAACUCAAAGUAAAAGUAAAUAACUCAUCUGAUCACUGAAACAAAUCAUCUGUUCAGCCGCCGCAGCUGCAGCUGCAGCAGGACGGGGAGAGGACACGGAGACAUGUCCAGGUCGAGCUGCACGAGAAAUAAGAGGAAGAAGAAGAAAGAAAAGGAGGGAGACGAAUUACAUAUCUUGUUAACUUCAUCAUGUGUGUUUAUUUACUAGAUAUUUAAUUUGAUUUAAUGGGGAUUCAGCUGUGUUGAUUCGGUCAGGUUGUGUGUCCAAACGCGUGCCACACGCGCUCACUAGAUCAGAUAUAGAUCAGAAUAUAUCUAUGUAGAUCUAAAUGUAUGUGCUGACUCAGAUUAUUAGUUGUUGUUGAUUAUUUAUUGCACGUAAAUAUGCCUGACACUGUGCAAACCUGCCGGUGAGGCAUCGGUGACUUAUGCCGAUAUGCCGCAGGUCUACCAAAAUACCACUAGACCAGCUGCAUUCCGCCUGCGCUGAAAGCUGACCAGGUUUGAAUUGGCGAGCUUUCAGCGCACUUUUUCAGUUUAAUCAGUGUCUGUAUCUAUCAGCCCCUGUUCCACUGUUUUUACUGUAUCAGAUCUUCUUUGCUUUGCUGUUGACUGGUCAGCUAUUCACCACAAAUCUAAAGUUUUAUGAACUCCAAACGACUUGAAAGUUACAUUGAAAAAUAAUCACUGUGUUGUUGACAAAGGUUUUUAGAAACUACUAUAUUCUGACUGAUAGUAAUCAAACAUUUAAAGAUUAAGACAGCCAGGUGAUGAGGUAGCUGAUUACCUGGCUGUGUGAAAUACUUGAUUCUGAUUGGUCAAUACCCCACAGUAAUGGUGCGUUUUUUUGCUAUCAGUUUUUCCAGGGACAACCUGAUCCAACAUGAUAAAUCAGAUGAAUCCAUUGAAAGUGGCCACACACCCUACUUAUAAUAAUGCUGAACUGAAACAAACUGGAGAGUUUAAGUACAACUACAGGAAAUCACAAACUAACAAAAACAGGCAGGCACUUAGAAAAACAAAGGGUCAAUACUAUUCUGAGAUGUUAUCACUCUCAUCCCACGCAUACACUUGUGCAGUACACCAACAUUUUCAGACUUGAGAGUGCCACUUAACACUCUCAUGAGCUCUCAAAUCAAGCCUGUGGUCAGUAUUAUGGUCACUUGUGCUCAGCCAAUGAAAUUAGAUCUGUUCUUUUAAGUGCUCCAAUAUAGCAGAGAGGGAGUGUGGGAAUCUACUCCAAUAGUAAUAUUAGCACUUUCCCUCCAUCAGAAGCAGCUCGGCUUUAUCUACAACCAUCUUUUGCAGUGUUCAACAAAAUUAAAGUCUAAACUGAUUAUUUUUACUAUAAAUAAUCAAAGAAGCCUAUUGUCUAUAUACAUGUACGUAUAUAUUUUUAAUUCUUAUGAGCAGUUGAAAGUGUUAGUUUUAGUGUUUUAAAAUAACAUGGGAUGCUUUCAGGGGUUAAACCCCUCCAAAAUUCAACAAUGUAAUCAGAAUGAUAGUCACCUGAAUUGUAUUUUUCAUCACCAAAAUAUAAACAAAACAAUGUUUGAAGACCAGCAGCUGCUUUACAAGAGUGUUAAUCAGAAAAUCAAGUCAGUGAGUGAACAAGAAGUUUUCUCAGUGUUGUGAAUGUUUCAGAGAGAUAUGGCAUGCAAGCUCUUUGAAAGUAGCCGGAAUGAUAUAAUGAUCAUGGACUGACUAAAAUCUAACUUCUGGUGCUGCUCCAGGCUGUGUGAUGAAAAUGAAGUAGGCCUACAUUCUCUGUGUUAUUUUAUUUAGAACCCUUGCUCCGUUGCUAACCCAGAGACUGGAUAGAGAAGAGACAUCGUCUGCUUCCUCGCUGGGUGAAGCCCCCACGAGAACAGCACCCUCUGGUGACAGGCUGCAUGAUAGGUCAUAAAUCCCGCCUGCCCCAGCAAACUUAAUGGAGCUGUGGACAAACUUAAGAAAUUUAUUAAACAGAAUAUAAAUUUUUAUCCCCCUUGGUUGCAAUGUUGACAUGUAGUUGAUAUAAGACUGGUUUGUGCUCAAGUCCUCUUUUUUCUGUGCAGCUCAAUUUUUGAAAGUUACAGUAUUAAGGGUCUCAUGUUUUCUAUGAUUGACACUUGAUACAGCCUAUGGUCGAAUGAAGAUUGCGUAGCUCACCCGUGGGAUACAUUGUUUGAGCCGAGCAUCAUCACAGCGACUAUUCCACUGAAUGCGUACAAUGCUACUGCGCAAUUAGUGGUUCCAGGAGGUGGAGAAACUCAGUGGAAAUACCAAGAGCAAUUUGGCUUUAAAUUCAUAUAAUGACAGAAGGCGGAACCAAGUCGUCCAUAAUAUAUACAGUCUAUGGGCUAACCCCAACUUAGUAAGGGCCUACAGUUUGGCUGUGAGAGUAAGUUAUUGUCAAGUAAAACUCUAUUUAGAUUAUGCGCUGGUUACUCGUACCCUCCCCAAGCAAGUAAAGCCAGUAUAAUACCAUCAUUGGUGACCAUCCCUGGUAGCCCUGCAACCAGCCUGGCAAGGGAAUCUCCCAUAUUAGCCACUCCAGGCCUGACUGGGUCUGUUAAAGAUGGAGGGAUGUUCACAUUUCCCACAAUGGAAAGCUUGUUGAUAUUAUAACCACAUUUUUUCAAAAGCCAUGAAUUUGGUUAUGGUACACCUUACCAUUGAUUGUUUUUAUGUUAUUUUGUUCUAAGUUAAUUACACUAUGUAAGCAAUAAAGAUUUUUCAAAAUAUUUCAUUUAUCAGGUUCUGGGAUGUAUGAUUUAAGUGUCCCCUUUACUUUUUGAGCAGUAUACUUCAGAUCACAACUCUCUGUGGACUGCUUCCCCAUAUCACACAGCUGGUGACCUCCUUAUUGUUUUGCCAUCGCCUCUCAAAAUGCACGAGCGUAUCCCUGCAUGAAAGGGCAGGCUAUAUGAAGGCACUGACUGGGAAAAGUAACUUCCGUCAGUGUAGGUGACACUUAAUGUAAAAGUACUUUGAAUGGUCCGACUAGACAAAGCACAAUGUAAACAUAGUCCAUUUUCCAUACUAUAUUUUUGUUUAAAUAUUUGACAGAUUGUAUUUGCAUUAUUGAUCUACCAUCCAUUAAAAUCUGUCAACUAACGUUUCCGACAGAGUCCCAACAAUUUGGGAAUUGGGGUUGUUUUUGGUCCUGGGUAUUUUUAUGGUUCAGUGCUUUGUAUUUGAGUGAAACUGUAGUUCUUCUUUUUCUUUAAUGGUGUCCUUGUAAAGAAUCGAGAACUUUACUCAUGUUAUAUUUUAUCUUACAGGAUAAUGUUGACCUUGGGGAGCUGAUGUUUUCAUUGUGCUAUUUACCAACGGCUGGCAGGCUCACCAUCACCAUGAUCAAAGCAAGAAAUCUCAAAGCCAUGGACAUCACUGGAGCUUCAGGUAUGUGCUGAAUGAUGAUUCAGUGUUUCCAUAGAGAGAAAUAUUCUUGUACACAUAAGUUACUCAAGAUCUUUAUUAAAGCUAGUCAAUAAAAUCUUUGUGUGAAAACUACAUGCUGGCUUUGGACCGGUGAAUUCACAAGAAUUUCUUUUCAAAGUUAUCGGGGAAAGCAAACUUUGUUUUUAUGAUAAAACGCUGAAGCUAAGACAGUCUAACAAUCAAGCACUCUAGUGCAUUACACACCUGACUCCCUUGUGCAUUUGCUUUAGAAACAGCUACACUGUCAAACUCAACAAUUGCAGAAGGGGGACAAAAUUACCAAUCAAAUGUUUGUCUUACCCUCCUCCGAUCUAAUACAUGUGAUAUGUUAUUCAUCAUUGAUUCAUGUCCAAUACUGUAAGCAAAUAACUAUUUUAGAUAAGUAAUGAAGUUAUGCUACAUUUGUUCACCCAAUAUCUCUCUUACAACCCCGAUUCUACAUAAUCAGGAUGUAUCAAACGUGAAUAAAAACAGAAUACAAUGAUUUGCAAAUCCUUUUUAAUGUAUAUUUCAACCUUAUACAUUACAUAGACAAGAUAUAUAGUGUUCAAAGGGAACAUCUUUAUUGUUGUUUUGCAAAUAUUCACUCAUUUUAACCCUUUGAUGCGCAACAUAUGCACACCCCCUCUAAUGCGCAACAUGGGUCUAAAAAGACCCGCAUUCAUUUCCAAUGGUAUUUCAUGCUGGCUGAGUUUUUCUUUGUUCUAUCUUUUGAAAUCAGUUUAUUUUCUGAUGGAAUAUUCCAAGUAUUCUUUAAAUAUCUUGUUUUUGUUCACUACUGAUCAUUAUUUCUUUUUUUCUUUUCAUACUUUAUGAAAUAAUAUAGUUUCUACAUUAUUACAUCAAGUUUACACACAUGGGUCAAAAAUGACCCAUUCAUCCAAGUGUGAUUUAAUAUUAAAUUACCUAACACUAUAAUAAUAAUUUGUUUCAAGUAAUGAAAUUAGCAGUGAGUGGGGCCAAACCAUAGACUGUAUAUACUAUGGACAACUUGGUUCUGCCUACCGCCUGUAUACGGAUUUGGAGCCAAAAAGCUCUCGAUAUUUCCAGGAUUUUUCUACAUUUCUGAAACCAGCACUGCGCAGUAGCGAUGCACGCAUUUGGCCGCGCAGUCGCCGAGAGUCGCUGUGAUGAUGCUCGGCUCAAACAGUGUAUCCCCCCGGGAGAGCUACGCAAUCCCUGGACGCCCACAGGCUGUAUCCAUAGACUGUAUAUACUAUGGACAACUUCGUUCCGCCUACCGCCUGUAUACGGAUUUGAAGCCAAAUAGCUCUUGAUAUUUCCAGGAUUUUUCUUCAUUUCCUGAAACCAGCGCUGUGCAGUAGCAAUGCGCACAUUCGGCCUCGCAGUUGAAGAGAGUUGCUGUGAUGACGCUCAGCUCAAACAGCGUAUCCCCCGGGAGAGCUACGCAAUCCCUGAACGCCCAUAGGCUGUAUCAGGUGUCAAUCAUAGCAAACAUGAACCCCCUAAUAACUUUUAAAAAUGGAGCUUCACAGAAAAAAAAGAGGACUUGAGCACAAACCAGUCUUACUGUAACUACAUGUCAACAUCGCAAGUAGGAGGGAGAAAAAUUUAUGUUCUGUGUAAUAAAUUUCUAAAGUUUGUCCACAGCCCCAUAAGCUUUGCUGGCGGAGGCGGGAUUUAUGACCUAUACUGCAGCCCAUCAACAGAGGGUGCUGUUCUUGGAGUGGCUUCAUCCAGCGAGGAGGCAGACUCUGUCCAUUCUAUAUACAGUCUAUAGCAGGUGUCAAUCAUAGAAAACAUGAACCCCUAAUAACUUUUAAAAACGGAGCUGUACAGAAAAAAGACGACUUGAGCACAAACCAGUCUUACAAUAACUACAUGUCAACAUCACAAGCAGGGUUUGUCCACAGUUCCACAGGCGGGAUUUAUGACCUAUACUGCAGCCUCUAAACAGGGGGUGUUGUUCUCGGAGUGGCUUCACCCAGCAAGGAGGCAGACUCUGUCCAUACUAUAUACAGUCUAUGGGCCAAACACUCAUGUAUUUUGUAUCAGCAACAUGUUUAUUUGUCAUUUUGUCACAUACACAUGCGUCUGAUUAUAGCUAGCUGAAAUAACGCUAGCUGUUUUACCUGUAACUUUGUAACUUUCCAACAUGUAAUGUCCUCACUCUCAAGGUAACCUAAACCUAAUCAAAUCAAAUCUAUGUACAAUUAUCUUUCAUAAUUGGCAAAGAUAGAGACAAAGAUAAUGUCAGAACAAUUGAAAAACCAUACUUACAUGUAUUAGACGGUCUUUUCAUGCUAAAUGCUACAGUCACUAUAUGUGGGUUGUUUCUGACCCAUGUAUGUAAACUUGAUGUAGAAAUACAAAAUCUGUGCUUCCUCAUAACAUAAGAAAGGAAAAAUAAAAAUGAUUAUUUGUGCUCAACUAAAACAAGAUCUUUAAUGCAUACUUGGAAUAGUAAAUGAUAAAAUUAAUUUAUUUCAAAGAUAUACCAUAGAAACACUCAGCCAUACAUGAAAUAACAUUGAAAAUGGAUACGGGUCAUUUUAGACCCAUGUUGUGCAUUAGAGGGGUAGUGAUACAAAAACGGUUUUUAUUCUAAAAGUAAAAAAAGAAAAAUUAACAUAAGGAUGUAGGGUCGUCAAAAACAAGUUAAUUGAGGAAUUCCUUGACUACCGACUGAUGGAAUUAAUUUAUUGAGAAGAUAUAUAAAAUUUAAACUCAGCCGGGUCUUUUUUGACCCAUGUUGCGCAUCAAAGGGUUAAAUUUGAUGCUGGCAGCACAUUCCAAAAAAAGUUGUGACAGGGGUAACAAAGGACUAAAAAUUGAGGAAUGUUUCAAAAACACCUUUUUGGAUCCUUCCACAGGUGAAAAUGUUAUUUGGGAACAGUUGGGGUCAUUAUUGGGUAUGAAAUAGGGCUGGGCGAUAAAACGAUAACAGCAUAUAUAUAUCGAUAUUAUUUCCCUCAAUAUCAAUAUAAAACAUGGUCAAUAUGCCUUUCGAUAGCUGGCAUUCUGCCAUGUUUUGGUAGACUGUACAAAUAGCAAAUGAAACAGGGAGUUGCUCCAGGUCAGCUUCACGCUGAACCAAUCAUGUGCUGAAUUAGCAGCAAGUAGCAAACAACUGUGUAGUAGCAGGCUGCAGCUACAUGCAACCAUAACACUUGCUGAUAAUGCAGAUAAAGGCUCAACAGAUGAUAACAUCGUUGACAACACUAGCACAAAAACGUCGGUGGUGUGGAGGUAUUUUGUUUUUUUGAGGUCGGACAUGAACCAGUCAUGUGCACUGGGAAUUAUGUCAAGCCUACAUAUUCUCGCAAAGUUGGGGAAUACCUCAAAUCUUUUUCACCACCUGAAGCAGUGCCAUGCGGCAGAGUACGUGCAGUGCAGAAGGUUACAAACCCCGAGCGGAGCAAGGAGUCCAUGGCGCCUGUGCAGCCAAAACAGCCGACCAUUCAGUCUGCUUUAUCUAGCGCAACGUCUUACGACAAAACGUUGAAGAGACACAAAGACCUCACAGAUGCAGUAGCUUAUUGUAUUGCAAAAGACAUGCCACCAAUAAGCACUCUUAAAUUUCAUUUUUCAAAAAAUAUGAAUGAUAACGCAAAGUCUUUUUUUCCACUCAUGGUCAGUGGUUGGGUGAAACCAUUUAUCGAUAAACAACUGUGUUUUCUAUUUUUAAAUCAUUAUGACAACUAAAGACACCCAAAUGACCCUGAUCAAAACUUUACAUACCCCAGUUCUUAAUACCGUGUAUUGCCCCGUCUAACAUCAAUGACAACUUGAAGUCUUUUGUGGUAGUUGUGGAUGAGGCUCUUCAUUUUCUCAGAUGGUAAAGCUACCCAUUCAAGCCUCCAGUUCCUGUAAAUUCCUGGGCUGUCCUGCAUGAACUGCGCACUUCAGAUCUCCCCAGGGUGACUCAAUGAUAUUGAGAUCAGGAGACCGAAAUGGCCACUCCAGAACCUUCACUCUGUUCUGCUUUAACCAAUGACAGGUCGACUUUGCAUUGUGUUUUGGAUCAUUGUCAUGUUGGAAUGUCAAAGUACGUCCCAAUGCGCAGCUUCCGGGCUGAUGAGUGCAAAUUUUCCUCCAGUAUUUGCAGUAAAGCACAGUCGUUUUACAAUAAAUGGUUUCACCCAACCACUGAGCAUGGGUGGAAAAAAAGAUUUUGUGUUACCAGUCAUAUUCUCUGAAAAAUGGUCAAAUAACCAUAGGUUCUGCCAAGGGUAUGUAAACUUAUGAGCACAACUGUAUAUCGAUAUCGGCUGAUAUGAAAAAAUAUACAGUACAGGCCAAAAGUUUGGACACACCUUCUCAUUCAAUGCAUUUUCUUUGUUUUCAUUACUAUUUAAAUUGUAGAUUCUCAAAACUAUGAAUGAACACAUGUGGAAUCAUGUGCUUAAGAAAAAAGUGUGAAAUAACUGAAAACAUGUUUUAUAUUUUAGAUUUCUCAAAGUAGUCACCCUUUGCUUUUUUGAUAGCUAUGCAAACUUUAGCUGUUCUCUCAAUGAGCUUCAUGAGGUAGUCACCUGAAAUGGUUUUUACUUCACAGGAGUGCCUGAAGUAACCCUGACAAGGUACUUCUGUCAUCAAGAGCAAAGGGUGGCUAUUUUAAAGAAACUAGAAUAUAAAACAUGUUUUCGGUUAUUUCACACUUUUUUUAUAAGUACAAAAUUCUACAUGUGUUCAUUCAUAGUUUUAAUGCCUUCAGUGAUAAUCUACAAUGUAAAUAGUCAUAUAAAAAAAUAAAGUAAAGACAUUGAAUGAGAAGGUGUGUCCAAACUUUUGGCCUGUACUGUAUAUCGUGAUCAACUUUUUCCCAUAUCGCCUGGCAUAGUAUAAAAGGAGCAUCCUUAAAAGGCUCAGUUGUUUACAAGUAAGGAUGGGAUGAGGUUCACUACUUCAUUAACAACUUCAUUAGCAAAUAGUCCAACAGUUUAAGAACAACUUCUCACAACAUAAAUUUGCAGGAAUUUGGUGCUUUAGUGAUUUUGACAUUCUUUUUGCUACAAUUUACCCUUCCCCAGAUCCAUAUGUUAAAGUGUCCCUAAUGUGUGAUGGUCGGAGGUUAAAAAAAAGGAAGACGUCAACCAAACGAAACACUCUGAACCCAGUGUACAAUGAGGCCAUUGUGUUUGAUGUACCUCCUGAGAACAUUGACCAGAUCAGCCUGCUCAUAGCUGUCAUGGACUAUGAUCGGUGAGUAAGCUACACUGAUUUAUUCAUCUCAUAGACAUAUACAGCAACAUUUUGAAUCUCCAUCAACCAGUCUUUCUAUCUGCAGGGUCGGGCAUAAUGAAGUAAUUGGAGUUUGCAAAGUGGGGAGUGAGGCUGAAACUCUAGGGAGGGAUCACUGGAAUGAGAUGCUGACAUACCCACGGAAACCCAUUGCACAUUGGCACCCUCUCAUAGAGGUAGGGGUCAACACAGCUCCAUCACAGUUCUGUAUAAAUCCUAGCUAGAAAUUCCAGGUCACACUCUUACUUUAAUAUUUGUACAGUAUUAAAAUGGCAGACCAACCAAUGGCCCCUUAUAAUUUUCUGUAAUCAGCAAAAUAAUCAUAACCACAAUAACAACCAAAUUACUUCUCAUGCUGAUUGAUGAAUAUAAAAAUCUUUAUUUACAAGCAUGAUCUGAGUAAGAUUCCUGGCCAGCUUCCUCCAAUCUCAUUAGCUGUUAUUAGCCUCAGUGGACUGAUGCUAUAACUUGUAUGUGUUUAAAAAAUGUAUAUUAUUAUGAAGUGUAAUCAAAGUAACACUGAAAUGUUGAUAAAAUACCAUGUUGUUUACUUGACCUUUACCAAGUCAGAGUGCUGCGUUUCCAUUGUCAGCCAUCAUUGGGCAUGUGCAAUCGAUGAAAUCUGGGCUCAGGUUAAGUCUCCCUACCAGUUGCCUGUCGCCCCAGUGACAUCAUUUGAAUGCUUUUCGCCGCGUACCCAAAGGGCUCUAUUUUCAUGCCUCGCCGGCGACGUGGCGCAUGCCUGGCAUAAGUCAGGUCCGCCACGCCCACAAGCGUUCCCAAGCACAAUUUGGUAUUUUGGUGAGCAGCGCAGCCCGGCGUAAGAAUUCCCCCCUCCCGAACUCAGCUCCUCCCAGUGGCGUAAGUCGUAGGGAGGGGGGAGAGAGGGCAUGGAGUGGGUUUAACACAGCCGAGACCUGUUUUCACCAAUCACAUAAGCAUGUCUCCUCGCCUUUAAAUCCGCCACUGGCGUAUUACUAUUUUCGUGAAGUAGUCAAAGAGAUCAAGAGAUGUCUGAAGACAGUAAUGCCACACGAUGGCGACAGAUGGCAGCUUCUCAACAAGUGUCGCUGUAAGCGCUGCAGAGGGCGUCUCAUACAAGCACAGAUGGAUUUGGUGUGUGUAAUGUUGGACCCACUUGUAAGACAAACACCCUUUUCCACAAAUAAAGACACUCACAUAAAGUUGCACAUAUUUAAACCUCACGUGACAAAGGUGGGUUGUGCGCAGAGAUCACAUCAUAAAUUCCAAAAAUGGCAUUAAAAUUGGAACCAUCUGUGCAUAAUUGACGCAUCACGCUCCGUGGCCUGGCUCUUUCUUUCAUAUAUGUUGGCAUAUAAAAUAAAUUUGACACACAAAACUGAAUAUUAUAAUAUUCGUAUGUAGGCUUUAAGUAAAUAACUCAUCUGAUCACUGAAACAAAUCAUCUGUUCAGCAGCUGCAGCAGGACAGGGAGAGGACAUUGAGACAUGUACAGGUCGAGCUGCGCGAGAAAUAAGAGGAAGAGGAAGAAAGAAAAGGAGGGAGAAGAAUUACAUAUCUUGUUAACUUUAAAACCGUCAUUUAAUAGAAAACGCUUUUGCCUCCUCCCCCCCGCGAUGACUUCAGCCAUUUGUGCGUAACGCUGAGCCAGUUUGCACAUGCCUUUCAAACGUGCUCAAUAUAGAUGCAGAACAGCAACCACCAGGUUGAUAAAUCACAUUGCGGUUGCUAAAUGAUUCUAUUUGCAUCUGCUCCUCCCAGAAUUUUGCAUGGUCUGAUGAUCUUUAGACAAUCUGCAUUUUCAUGAAGGCAAACAGGCUAAAUAAAAUGGAUUGCGCACACUGUUUUGCUCAUUUGACAGACAUAAUCCUCGGUGCACCCGGUUAGUAGAUCAGGUUUACUUGCGCUGUCAAGUUUGCACGUGUUUUUGCACACGCAAUCAUUUAGUAGAUCAGGCCCUAGGUUUUUAAACACAAUACAAAGUGCCAAAUCUACGCAUACAGACAUUUAAAAGCGAUGGUUCUCCAUACUGUCUUUCCUGAAAGAAUAUUAUUUUAUUCAGUAAUAAACUGUAUUUUCCGUCACAAAUUAUCGAAGCAGUCUUCGUAUUUUUGAACCUUCAACUCAGUGAAUUCUGGAGUUAGAGUUCUCCAACUUCAAGUUACUCACGUUUGUUCACUACAAAUGGCACCAAUUCAAACUUCUGCAGGACUACCACAGACCUCAUGAGAUGAUGUCAAAUACAUGGUGAUCCUUUGUUACAACCUACCCCACUACUGGGGUUGGUUGUGACACACAUGCUGGGGUAAGUUGUAACAAUUACGCAAAAAAAGCAAAAACAGAGGCCACAUCGUGUGAUGUGCUUCAAAAAGUAGUUUAUUGAAAUAGGAGAACAAUCCAGAACAACGUCCUUCUUUCUCUGUGUGACUGACCAUAACUCAAAUCCACUGUCUGUUUGACUCAGGAGUGUAUGUAAACUAGUCUAAAACAAACUUCUUUAUGCUUAAUAAACACUACAAUGUCGCUGUGUAAUUAACAUGUAGGUCUAACAAAAACAGUGUUUGUGUGUAUUUUCAAUUAGAGUCACAAUGGUGACAAAUGAAUGUUUGUAACCCUGGAGUGCAGGCUUGGUGGGCCCAGAGCAUAGACCGUAUAUAGAAUGGAUGUCAGAUGCUCUCUGUGAGAACAGCACCCCCAGUGACUGAUUGCAGUAUAGGUCUUAAACUUCAGACGCUCCAGUAAAAUAAUUAGAGCUGCAGACAAACUUUAGAAAUUAAUUAGACAGAAUAUGAAUUUUUCUCCCCCUGCUUGCGAUGUUGACAUGUAGUUAUUGUAGUGGUUUGUGCUCAAGUCCUUUUUUCUCUGUGCAGCUCCAUUUUUAAAAGUUAUUAGGGGUUCAUGUUUUCCAUGAUUGACACUUGUCAAAUGUGACUGCGCAAAUGCAGAUUUCAGGAAAUAGAGAAAAUCCUGUAAAUACUGAGAGCAAUUUGGCUUCAAAUUCAUACAAUUACGGGAGGCGGAGCCAUGUUUUCCAUACUAUAUACAGUCUAUGGCCCAGAGAGUGCACUUCAGGUACAAUUGUGACCUAUCAGAUGCUUUUUUAAAUACAUCUGGAGGCACACCUCUGUUAGACUUUCUUUUACACUUUCUAGGUAUUCUGCAAUAUUAUUAAAAUCAAGAAAGUGCUAGUAUUUGUAUGUAAGAGGAUCGUUGUAACACUUUUUAAGGGUGUGUUAUGACCCACCCUACCCCUGUCAGCCAAUAUUUAGCUAGCUGCGAGAAGCUACAAUUUGAUAUAGCCUUGGUCAAAAAAAUUACUUUCUCCCCUCAAAAUCAGUGUUCUCUAUAGAAUCUGCAUGCACCUGUUUCCAGCCUUGACAAUUACCAUGUGUGAUGAGGGAGGAAGUGGGCAAAUACUAGAAGUAUCAGAUGACUCCUAUCUUAUCUUUGAUUGGUGGAAUUGGUAGCAUAACAACUCCCCCCAUGUUACAACCACAUCCUCCCCUAUCUAAUUUCUAAUAGAUAUUGCCUCUGCAAAGGAGCAAGUUGAUUUGUAAGUAAGUUGAAGAUAAAGUGAAUUCAAACUGAAGACAUGCUUUCUGUGAGAUAGUGUUCAUGUCCCUAGACUCGCCUACACAAACACUGGAGGUGUUGCUCUUACAAGCUUUGUGCAAGCUGAAAAUAUAUAUAUAUUUAUUUCAAAUGAGAGGAUGCGGAGCACAAAAGCUGCCAGUACUUUUUGCUGCUCUGCAACAAUGCACUAAGAGCUGGUGCCAGAUCUGCCCUUGGGAGGCUCUUGGCAGGGGUUUCAGUAGUAGUUGGGUAAGAGGUAACCAGUUUCUGUGGUUCACACACUGAUAGUAUCAACUUUGGCAGGGAGAGACACAGUCAGGUUGGAAAGCAACAAGAUUUUGGUAUUCAGAGGGCUUUUAUCUAUCUUUAUUAAGAAACAUUUUUAUUUCAUAGCAAACCCUUUUUAUACUGUUACUCAAACAUCUGUCUUUUGAAUCAAAUAGCUUUUGAUAAUAAAACUAUAAUGUAAUUUGACCACGUCUGCUAAAAUGGAUCUAUGAGCCUUGAUUGAUGAUUUCAUUAUGUGAAUACAAAGAGUUGGUUUGGGUAUUAACACCACUGAAAAAGACAAACCUGAGGUUUUCCACUUUUGAAUUAAGGUUAGUAAAUGAUCAGCUUGACUCGGGGAAGAUGAUGUUUUCUCCUCAGGCACACAAGUACUGAUACAGCUACUGUGAUGCUAUCAAAAUAAAAGUAUCAAACUCAUAAACCUUGUUCCAACUUGUUAUACAUUGAAAAUUUAGCCGUGGAAUAUAGGUGCACACAAAUAGUUAUGUUUGUGGUACACAUUAAGAGCAAAGGGACAGCCUACAGCCAAAACUACUGGAGACAAAGUAUACACCAAAACUCUGGACUCAAAACAACACAGGCUGUAAUGGUGAAGUAGCACAUGAUCUGUCGGGUGUAAGGUAGAAGAUGAUAAAACUUCUUACAUAGAACUAGACAAAACAACACCACCGGCCUGCAGACUCCCAGACAAUGACAUUUAAUAGUGAAACCAAACAAGUGGUCUUAUUGAGCUCAAGGGGCAGGACUAAUGACUGUAAUGUUUUGUGUCUCACACAUGACACUGGACAACAAAUAUCAGUUGAAACAACCCUGCAAAAAUUCAAAACUAAGACCCUGUUUUAUGUCUUUUUCUAGAAAGAAAUAUCUACUUUAUCCAGGGUUUAUUUUUACCCAUUACAGCAUUGAAGUUUUAAUUUUUAUUUAAUCAAAAAAUACAUUUUUCUGGACUUGUUAAUAUAGCUAUACUGAGUUUAUUGAGAUUUACUUGCAGGGGAUAAGACAAAAGACAAUGCUUUUUUGUUGUUGUUCCUUUUAAAUCAGUGACCAGAAAUAAAUGUUAUUCAUCAUCAUCAGGUCUGUUCAGCAGACAACCUGUUGUUAAGCUUUGCAGCCAGCAUAACAGUAUCUGCACCCCCAAAUAUGUUUUCCUUAUAAUCUUGACAAAAGCAGAACCAGUACACUUUUAACUCGAGAGUGAUACCCUUGCACCAAAAGUCCCACUUCUCUCAGUCCAUUUUACCAUGUACUGUUUGCAUCUAGUUUAAAGCAAAUGAAGCACUAGCUGUCACACUGUUUCAACCAGCAUUUGCAAUGGGUCAGUGAGUCUGGUAUAGCCAACAGUGGUGAAGCUAGAAGAGCUCUGGGGCGAUCUGUGUAAAUUCAGAACACACAAAGAGGCUCUUUCAGCAACACAUCACUAACUGUGCAUGAUCUCAGAUCAUUAGAAGCAGCACUGGACAAAAGCAGCAAGGCUUGAGAUAGCAACUAAUGGCUUAUUUUUAUUUUCAUUCACUCAUGAGUCAUGUUCUGCAAAGCAAGAUUAAUGGGCUUCCGAGGUAGUUUAAGUCUUAAGGCAGAGUGUUUUUGCUCUUUAUUAUAUAAUUUUUUUGCUCAGUUUCAUUUCAAAGGCAAUUCUCUAGGCUACUAAAUUGAUCUAGACCAAAAAAUUUUUAGAGUUUUGGCAAAACAUGGACGUUAAACACUUUCCAUCCACCAUAUCAUUGUACCUGGAACUGUAUCAUGCCCUAUCUAGUGGUAAAUGGGACACAACAUGGAAAGAUCCAUUUCUCUCAAGUCCCAAGCAGCCACAAAGACUUAACAGACUUCAUGAAUUGAACGGAACUGGCUUCAGGUUGAAUUAAGGCCAAAGUGAGGAAAAAAACAAACAGUUUGAGAGGUGAAGUAACUAACCCAAGAAAUAAAAAAAAUAAAAAAGAAGAAUUACUUACCCCUCUUACUAACAAAAGUAGAAAAAAAGAUUAGAUGAUAGAAUCCCAGUGCUCAAUAAAUUGUUAGCAUUCCUAAUGUACAGUGUAUAUGGAUGAAACUAAAAAGUAAAAAUCAACUUUAUGACUGACGAAAUAAUAGUCAAGAUACCUUUUGAUCAAACAUCUUUUUAGCUUUGCCUGGUUUCUUUAGCAAAGAGACUAAACACAACUCACCCAUUUUCCUUCAGCAGCUGCUCAUUUGUGUGGGAGCCCCGACGAGCCAAUCACCGAGUGCAAAGAAAAAAAUUUAUGAUUAUUACUUGCAGUCAGACCGAGACGCUAACUACUGCGUCUGCAGGGCACAUACAACAUACACAAAAACUCUUAUUGCACACCAGGCAAAGCUAAAAAGAUGUUUGAUGGCUGGAACUAUUGCUGGGACCCUAUAUGGACUGUUGAUGAAGGUAAGUGUUGUUCUGAGAAUUAUUUGUGGCUAUAGAGUAGCUUUUUGGUUGAGGUUUGCACAUGGCGACGUAGACUGCUGUGUAUUGCUAUCGUGCGGUCAUUACUUAAGUUGGUAUAACUAGAGAAGCAAGCAGUCGGCAACAUUCAUCUCUCAAGGGGUUGUCUAACUCAGGGUUACAGUGUGUUUGACCCUGACUUAAAUUUAUGCCGGAAUAUCCAUUUAACUCUGUUACCUGUAGUCCUGGUAUUGAAACUGCCCACCACUGCUGCAUCAUGACAAGUGUUAAGUGAAGAGACCUGCCCACCCAGAGUUUUAUAAAUCCUUUUCUAAUGUACAAAACAUUGAUUUUUUUUUUAAUUUCCAGUUAAGUUCCACUUGUGUUUAUUACAAACCUUUUUAUCUUAUCUGAUUAUCUCCCUAUCCCUGUUUUCCCCUCGUGUGUGUGUGUGUGUGUGCGUGUGUGCGUGGGUGCGUGCGUGCGUGCGUGCGUGCGUGCGUGUGUGUGUGUGUGUGUUCCAGUGGGUUGGACAAGGAGCUGUUGGGAUUGGCAGCCAAGGAGGAUCCACUAAUUCCCUCAAGACACCACCUUCACCCUGACUGCACAUGGACACAACAACAACCAAACACUCCUCUAUACUCCCAUAAAAUCUGAGACAAACACACACACACACAGUCUCAGAUGUGAGAAUGAUUGUUAGUGGACCUUCACAAAGUUUUUCUAACAUACUAAGCCUGCAAGAUGUAACUAACAAGUGACAGUUGUAGCGAGAUCAGCUCAAAGCCAUUACUCAGCCAUAUGGUCAGACUGAUCGAGGCUUUGGUGUCUUAAACAGUGGCAAAGGCUUACAUAUAUGUGUUUCUUCUUGUAUUUUCACAACUCAAAGCCACUUAAUUACCUUUCGAGCAAACUUUUACAAUGCUUUCUUUUUUAAUUUUGAGUUAUGACAGUAUCAGUAGCUUAGAUUCAUUUGGAAGGUCUGUUUUUUAUUAACUUAGCUUAAAGAUCUGUAUCAUUUUUCAAGAUCAACUCAUAAUCCAGUUGAGUGGUGAGUUCUGAUAGAUGACAGAAGAUUUUGAGAGGAACAAAUAAUUGAUUCCUGUUCAGAUCAGCACAGCAGGCUCAUGCUCUAUUCAUCUCUUUUUUUCUGUGGUGAGAGCAGACAAAGACUAUUUUAUUUCAUUAACCGUAGUUGAAAUAUUGGAAUAGUUUGUUCUCAUGAUGUAUAAGCAACUGAAAGAGGUAACGUACUGUUUCCUUUGUUACUGCAAGGUAACUAUAUUUUGUUAACAGCCUGUGGUCAAAGUAAAAAAAAUGUAAGUCAUGGUAGCAUCGGUGAUAGUGACAGGUUAGUCUACAGAAUGAUAGUUUUUUUAUUCAAUAUAGAUUUGAUUAUGAUUCCUAAUCAUUCUCAGUGAUACACUUGUUCUUCUAAGUCUAAGAAAUACAUGUCAACUGGGCGAGACAACAUGAACAAACAAUUCAGGGGCAACGGUCUGAAGGGCCAAAAAUAGAAUGAAAAAUCUAACGUGAAAAGGGCAAAGUAGAGAUAACCAGAUGAACUUCAAAGUUCAUCAUUCUUGAGACCUGGAAAGGAAGGAUAAACCAGGACAUUGGUGCCAAAUGUUCUCAUCUACAUAUACCGUAUAUGGCAUGGCUGCAUAGAUCCGGACUUGCCAACCAACGAAGACAACUGUUUAGAGGUUGGUUUUUGCACCUGCAAGGGCUUGGGACGAGUUAAAAUAAGAUAGGAUAAGAUCAGAAGAACGUUAAUAAUCGUUAUUUAACGGUAAAGGGAAAUUCAAUUGUUUCUAGUCCCAUGUCUCAUGCAUCGACUGUUUAUAAAAUGGACACCAUCUGCCUCCUCAAGGGGUGAAGCCACCACAAGAACAGCCCCCUCUGGUGACGGGCUGCAGUAUAGGUCAUAAAUCCCGCCUCCUCAAGCGAUCCCUAUGGAGCUGUGGACAAACUUUAGAAAUUAAUUACUCAGAAUAUAAAUGCUUCUCCCCCCUGGUUGUGAUGUUGACAUGUUGGUACUGUAGGACUGGUUUGUGUUCAAGUCCACUUAUUUCUGCAAAGCUCUAUUUUUAAAAGUUAUUAGGGGUUCAUGUUUUCUAUGAUUGACACUUGAUACAGCCUAUGGGUGUAUAAAGAUUGCGUAGCUCACCCAUGGGAUACAUUGUUUGAGCCGAGCAUCAUCACAGCAACUAUUCCGCUGAAUGAGUACUAUGCUACUGCAAAUUUGGUGGUUCCAGGAAGUGGAGAAAAUCCUUGAAAUACUGAGAGCAAUUUGGCUUCAAAUUCGUAUAAUAACGGAAGGCGGAACCACGUUGUCCAUAGUAAAUACAGUCUAUGAUUUCAUGCCUUCUACUAUUUACAGAAGAAUUGUCUGAUAGCUGUGAGUACAAAAGAUCUUCGAAAUCUUUCUGUCCUACAGUAAAGUGGGAGGAGCCAUCCACCACCAUUGGCCCUUUGGUCAAUCAAGGUGUUGUGAAGUUAUAGCUGGGCACUAAUCAUGGCUAACCACCUUAAGGUCUGGCUUGUCAUCUGCAAGGGCUCCCAAUUGUUGAUCAGAGUCCAGGUGGGUUUUCACCAGAAACUAUCGAAUUAAGGGAAGUAACAGGUUUUGGCUAAGCAGAAGUAAAGGAAGCCAGUGGCAGGUCAAAAUGCUGAUGAAGGUGCAUGAUGAAAAGGUAUCAUGCUAAAUGUUGUCUGAACGGAGCCAAGCAGACAGGAUGUUGCUGUACGUAGAAGAGCAAAGAACAUAUGUUUGCGAAUAGUGCACAAACAAAUGGAGGCAAUCUGAAGUGGUGGAAAAAGUCUCAGUAGUAGUACACUUCAGCCUAGAUGGGCAGAGUGAAACAAUAUUAGCUGAGUUAGGUGUUACACUCAGCCCUGUUUGCAGAAACAACUGCAGCUUAACUUGUGGACCGGUUUCUCUUGCAGCUUAUCAUUAAGAGUGCUAAGUUGGCCAGCAUCCAUUUGGUUAAUAUACUAACAUGUCAAAUGUAAUCUUUCCUUUCUUACUUAAAAAUACUCAUAUAUCCUUUCAAUGAAUCUAACACUGUAUCCCCAUCACUGUAGUCUCCAGGGUUUAGUAAGUGAUUGCAGGAUGGGAGGAACUGAUAAAACCAAAAGAGCAGGAGAAAAGUAGCUACGGCAGAUGGAAUUAAGUAUUAAGAAAGUCUAGUGAUCCAGAAAGUAUUGAAAUGUGGAUCUCAGUAAAAGUACUGUUACUUAUAUUUUAAUCAUGAAAAGCUAAGUGCUUUCUCCCUCCCUCCCUCCUUCACUGGCCUCAUAAUUCCAAAAUGACUGCAGGUUCAGGUCUACAGAGACUGUGUUUUUAGUCUAAACUUUUUUAAUAAAACCUUGUCGGUAAAUAUUAGUGCCUUGGUUGCUUGGUUUACCUCAAAAUAUUGGAAAAUUAUAAAGAUGGCCACUGGGAAUCAAGUUUGUCUUUAGGAUGUAGUCUUUUAAUUAUUAUUAUUUAAUUUUUUUGCUGUGAAACGAGUAAAAUGGUUGUUUAUAAAUCUAAAAUGUACUUACAUCUGCCCAGUACACUUCAAUGUUUUCCCUUUCAUUUACACUAUGUCCAAGGGUUGUUAAACAAUGUAGUGCAUAUUGACUUAUAGAUUAACAGCAGUAUUGUUUAUGUCUUUGUAUUGGAAACUUUCACAAAUAAUGAGUAAUAAGUAAUUUUCCUUCUAGGUUUGUAGAUACAGUGCAUGCAUAAUUUUUGAGACGUUUUAAAUCCUCUGUUGUGAGCUACUAAUCAAAUAUAAACACAAGAUGUAUUAUGGACCAAGCAAGACUGUGUCAGUUGUCUAUUCUGUUUCCAAUAAAUUUCUAUAAAGACAUUAA